UAUGUCAUGUGUAAUAUUCAGAUAUUCCUUGUUUUAAUGAAUGUCUUUUUCCUUUUUUUCCAAACAGCUGUGGUCGAGGACAGAUGGGCCAAUUGUGCUCAGAAAGAGUUUGCAAAGACAACUAUUACACCAACAACGAUAAUUCUCCCAACUGUUUCCAAUGCAAGUGUAACGUCUCAAAUACCAUCAACUGUGCGGCCUGGGAAGGUGCGUGCCACUGUAAGCCUGGGUGGACCGGGGAGACGUGUGACGAGAUCUGUCCACUGGGCUUCUUCGGAGCUGACUGUGGGCAGGUCUGCAACUGUACCGCCAGCCAGGAGUGUAACCACACCACCGGACAGUGCACCUGUAUUCCAGGACAUCUCAAUGAUAGGAGCUGUACUCCGUGUGAAGACGGGAAAUAUGGAGAUAACUGUGAGAGGACCUGCGACUGUACACAAGAAGCCACCUGUUCUAAGUAUGAUGGGAUGUGUAUAUGUCCCCCAGGCUACACGGGUGACCGUUGUGAGCUGACGUGUCCUGCGGGUACCUUUGGCCAGAACUGUCUGCAGUCCUGUAACUGUACCAACGCCACCACCUGCCAGCCCAUCGACGGUACCUGCUUCUGUCCCCCGGGUACCUCUGGGGACAACUGUGAACUAACCUGCACGAACAUGACCUAUGGUUUGAGCUGUGGGAAUCGGUGUGACUGUGGUGAGCACGCCUCAGGAUGUGACGCCAGGACCGGACAGUGUCAGUGCGAGGACGGCUGGUUUGGUGUGCGCUGCGACAACCCCUGUGAGAAUGGUACAGCCUACGGAGCCACCUGUAACCAGACGUGUAACUGUCAACAUGGAUCGUGCCACCCAGACACGGGGGCGUGCCAGUGUGAGGUCGGCUUUUCUGGCAGCACCUGUCAAAUUUGCGCUAACAGGAAGUAUGGCCCAGACUGUACCCUCACCUGUAGCCGCUGUCCUGACAACCAUGGUUGUGACAACAGGGAUGGACAGUGUACCUGUCCACAAGGGUUUACUGGACCCACCUGUGGACAACGCUGUCCGUCUGGUUUCUAUGGAGAUGGUUGUCGUAAACAGUGCGCAUGUGAGAACAACUCUCCGUGUCAUCACGAGACUGGCCAAUGCAUCUGCCGCACACCGUACAAGGGUUCCAACUGUUCCGAAGAGUGUCCAGCGGGUACAUACGGACAAGCCUGUGAGAACAAGUGUUCAUGUGUGAACGGAGGGAAGUGUGGAUACCACGGCAUGUGUGACUGUGCUGACGGAUGGACAGGGACCCACUGCACCGAGAGAUGUCCCCCUGGCUACUUCGGUAGGAACUGCAUGCUGCCUUGCACCUGUGCACACAACUCUACCUGUAACCCGGUACAUGGCGUCUGCACGUGCGCAGAAGGUUGGCAAGGAGACACUUGUGAGGACGACAUUGACGAAUGCAGUCCCAACAAUACAAACAACUGCCAUGAGAACGCGAGGUGCUCCAACACAGAGGGUUCCUACACCUGUACCUGUAACUCUGGGUACGUCGGUGACGGAUUCUUCUGUGCCCAAAGGGGAAGUGAUGGAGCCUUCUACAAGACUCUGACCGGUAUGAAACUCCGUGUAGGGCAGACAGCUCACUUCAGGUGUCAGUACCGCAACCUGGGACAAGCCCUGCUCUUCUGGAGGAACGGCAUCGACAACAACAACAACAACAACCUGUUUGUUGACAGCCUUUCCCUGGACAAGGAGAAGACCAAGCAGAUGUGGGCAGAGAUGCAUGAUGGAGACUACCAUCUCUACAUCUAUAACGUCACUAAGGCAGACCAGGGGAACUACAGCUGUGUCAUCGACCUUGGAAACAAUAAUGAGAAACUAACAACUGCUGAGCUCACUGUAGCAAGUUGUCGUAGCAACUAUUACGGGCCAAAGUGCGACAAGCAGUGUGACUGUAGCGGACGUGGGGACUGUGACAGUGACACCGGAGAGUGCACGUGUCCGGAGGAAUGGGAGGGAGAACACUGUGAACUGGAUGUUGAUGAAUGUAUGCCCAAUGCAAAACCCUGCAGCCACAAUGCAUAUUGUGACAACCGUCCACCCGGCAGUUACACAUGUACCUGUAUGAACGGAUAUGUCGGUGACGGCAAAACUUGCAAAGCCUGUCCAUAUGGAUUUUACGGGAAGAAAUGCGGGAAUCAGUGCAUUGGCUGUGCUGAGGGCGAGUUCUGUGACAAGGUUUCGGGCUGUAAGUCAUGCAAGGGUCCCCAAGAUGACAAGCACUGUGUUCUACUUGUAAACAAGCCGGCAUCCAACAACAACGCAAAAGUGAUCAUAGCGGUUCUGGUGUGCCUGGUGGUUCUGGUUCUGCUGGUUGUCGGCGGUGUCUGUGCCUGGAGACGACGGGACAAGAUCAGGAAGUGGAGACGACUUCCCUCAGUCAUAUUUGAUCCCAGGAGGCCUGACUAUGAUGUCUCUACUGAGUCCUCCUUCAUGGGAGCUCCCUUCUACAAGUCAGCCUCGCUGUUCAAGAAAGCGCGCACGUCGAAGGGAAACGGAGCGGCCGCGGAGGCUGCCGACAAGGAGAUGGUGGUCCUGGGACAGGGGGCGUCGGACGGCGCCGACCCGAAAACCCAGCUCAUCGUGAUGGACAAGGACGAUGGGGACAUCGAAGACGAGCUGGAGCCCAUGCACCUGCCGGAGGAUCAAGGUCGUUCAAGGUCAUCGUCCAAACCCACGUCAUUAUGACGUGUUAAUACGUGUACGUCACCCAAACUUAUGUCAUUAUGACGUGUUAGUACGCAGGGCUGGAAAUACUGGGUGCAUGUGUACCUUAGUGCACCCA